AAGGGUAUUUUACACUAGGUGACAUGAAAGGAAGCAAACUUGCAGGAAGUGUUUAAAUAUUAGGGGCAAACUUGCAGGAACUUCAUAUAGAACAAGGACCAAUUUUGGAAAAUGAAGGAAUUUCUAUUGGUAUUGUGACUGCUAUUGCUGCUCCUGCAAGCAUUAAAGUUUAUUUUGGAGGAAAUAUAGGCCAUGCUGGAGUUGCUUUAAUGCCACAAAGAAAUGAUGCAGGUUUGGCUAAUGUUGAGCUGGCACUAGCUGUGGAAAAACAUGUUCUUGAAUCUGGAUCCAUAGACACUGUUGGAACUGUUGGUAUACUGGAGUUGCAUCCUAGAGCAAUCAACAACAUCCCUAGCAAAGCACACAUGGAAAUAGAUUUACACAGCUCCGCUUUCGAAAUGGAAGUCUCUGAAAAACAGGAGAUUGCAAAAUUGGGGUAUGACAUUCCUGUUAUCUAUGAACUUGUUAAUUUGGAGGUUAAAAUAUAUGCAAGUGAGCUGUAUACCGGAGCCAGCAGAACUGCCGCCAGCUGCCGGAGUUUCACCACUGCUAGGUCUGCAGGCUGCUCAACCCCUGCCAGCUGCAGUUCUUCCUCCAAGUGGACCAAAUUCAAACCCUUUGGAUCUCUUCCCUCAGUUUCAAGCACUUUGAGCCAUGGUGCAACUGUGCUUUCUGGAAAUAGAAACUUUGAGGGGCGUGUUCACCCACUAACAAGAGCCAACUACCUAGCUUCACCUCCCUUGGUUGUAGCUUACGCACUUGUCGGCACGGUCGACAUUGACUUUGAAAACGAACCAACGGGACCACAAAGGACGGAAAGAAUGCCUACUUUAGAGACGUUUGGCCAAGCACCGAAGAAAUCUCAGUAAUAAAGUAUCAAAUAUCAACAGUUAUGUGGUAGUAAUCCUUUUGAGGGGUGUUUUUUGGGCUGCUUCUUUCAAUGUAAUUAACAACAGUGGUUUUGAAGUUUUUGAUGGAAAAGACUAGUGUUAAUGCUCUUCAUAGAAAAGUAUGUUGGUAUUUUAGGAAAUUUGGCUAAUAAUUUAGUUAAUUAUAUAAAAAAUGUUGAAAUGUUACAUUUGUCUACUAUUGGAAUGAUUAUUUGAUGUAUUACAUUUGUCUACUAUUGGAAUGAUUAUUUGAAUGACAUUAACUUUU